GCGCAUGCGCAGAGUUGCUCGGCUGGUGUCAGGCGUGGGGCGGGAGCGGGUGGUCGCCGCGUUCCUUAGAGGCAGCGGGGCGGCAGCUCUGCGCUCUCACGGCUCUCGCCUGCGGGGUGAGGCGGUUCCUGACUUCUCGACGGGACCGCAGGCGUUGUGAGAGGACUGAGAGCCGUGAGCUCGCCGGGGGCUGCCUGGGGGAUGGUGCGGAGCCGCUGUGAGGGGAGAUAGCCGAGGUACUGAGAGGGGCUGCGGGGGAAGAGAGGAAAUGAAUCGAAGGCUGAUACUGAAGUUUGAAAAUCUGAUCCAUUUCCGUGGUGCUUGCAGACAGUUGCACACUCUUCCCUGCAGGGGAGUUUGCAGAGCACAAUGGAAGCCUGUACAGCCAUCUGUGUGUCCCAUGCGUUCCGUUCAUCCAUAUCCACAGUGCUGGCAGAAAGACAAGUUGGUCACAGUUGCCUUGUCACCAUGCAGAUAUCUAGCUACUAAGGAGUUUAUGCCAGCUAUGUGUUCCUAUGUACAUGUCUAAUUCCAUGUAGGAGAAGAAAAAGGACAGAAGGAAAUUACCAAUGACCCAGGGAGAAGUGGAGAUAAGGCGGCAGAUGACUGUUGAGGAACUGGCAAGAGCAAUGGGUAAAGACAUAGAUCAUAUUUAUGAAGCCCUGCUGUACACAGAUAUUGAUGUCAAUUCCCUAGAACCAGAUUCCGUUUUAUAUGAAGACUCUAUCAAGCUAAUUGUUAAAAAAUCAGGAAUGAAGUAUAAGUCAGCAAAACUGAGAGAGGAAAAAGAGAGAGAAAACAAAGAUGCAGUGAAACGACCUCCUGCAGACCCGGCAUUCUUAACUCCACGGCCCCCAGUUGUUACUAUAAUGGGCCACGUUGAUCAUGGGAAAACAACUUUACUUGACAGCCUACGGAAAACUCAGGUGGCAGCCAUGGAAGCAGGAGGCAUCACACAACACAUUGGUGCUUUUCUUGGUAUGAUCCAAGUGUACUUGUGUGUGUGUGUGUGUGUGUGUGUGUGUAAAAUGACUUAUCUUACAUAACGGGCUGACUUGCUG